UUCAGAUAAAGUGAUAAAAUAUCAACUAACCAGAUAAACUAAUAUUCAUAUUUAAAUAAAACAAAUAAAAGGCAGGUGUCAAUAUGGCCUGCUUUCCUCGAUUGUUCCAUCAUCGCAACAAAAACAAGUUCACUCCCGCCCAAGACGAGAACACCGACACGAUACUCAACACGCACGAUAGUCCGGUGCAAAUCGGCUUGUACAUUCGGCGCGAGGAAAAGCCCCUUUACACGCCCAUCGUUACGCCCAGUGCCAGUGAGGCCAAGCUGCAACGGCUAAGACUGCAGCCCACGAACUCCUCCUCCUCAUCCUCCUCGCCCAGCAGCUUCCCGCUGCAGACUUUGGCCGAAAACGGCGGCGAAAACAAUACAAACAGCCUGCAGAGGCAGCCAAAGAAGUUUCGCUCCAACAAGAGCAAACUGCAGCCGUGCAAAAGGAAGGAGAAGCAAGAUGACGAGCCGCAGGCGGAGGGAGACCCCGUCAAUGGCAAUGCAAUUAAUGUCACACGUUCAAAUUCCAAAUUAAAGCCAGUCAAAGAGCGGCGACCCACAGCCCUGCCCACAGAGGCGCCCAAUAUCGAGUUUGAUGACGUGGAGGAGUCGGGGGCUCGGGCCAGCGCAGACGGCGGUGCCUGUGCCGAUGGAGGCGAUGCUGUCGACGGCAAGUCAAAGCUCGGAGUGAAUGAGAAUGGAAUAAUUGAUGAGGUCGUCACGCCGUCGGGCACCACAUCUCCUGCAACGGAUGGGGGAAAUGUAAAGUUUUUCAUUGGUCAUACACAGGAACUUAGCACAGACCAAGCAGAUGAUACCUUGUCCUGGCAGAGCAGCGACACCAACAACAACAGCAACAUAAACCGCACGUUGGUUGGGGCAAAUGGGGCACUGCCACAAGAUCGGCCAGAAGGGGGAGGGCAGCAGCUGCUCGAAGCUCCGCCCAACGGCAAGAGUAGCAGCAAUGUGUCACUCAAUUAUCUUACAAAGUGCAGUGGCGACAGUCACCGUCGACGACGUGCGUCUACCAUGCCAGAUAUUAACAUACCGCCUGCGCCGCCGAUGCCUGCCGAGCUGCUGGUCCCCGGAACGCCUGUACACUUGCGGAAGAAACGGAGCGUCGAAUGCCGGCAGAACCCACAAACAGACGUCAAACUAAGUCCUCCGGAGGCUUCGAAUAAUCAAGAACAAAUACCAACACCUUCGCGGAACAGCGAUGGAGAGAAGAGCCGACUCACCGAACCAUCGGUUCCAAAGGCUCAUCGUGUGGAAGGUGGACUGAUCUAUGUCCGACCGAAUUACCCCAUUCAAGGCGACCUUCAAAUCGAAUCAAUUACAAAAGACAAAGCCACACGCAAUCUCAUACACAUGGCCAUUGAACGCAAUGAUUUCCUUAAUAACCUAAUGGACAAAGAGCGGAAGGAGAUGGUUAUCAAUGCAAUGGCGCCGGCUAGCUACAAGAAGAAUAGUUACAUCAUCCACGAGCACGAGGAGGGCUCCGAGAUAUAUGUAUCCGCCGAGGGCCACUACGAUGUCAUACGUGCCGGACAGCUUGUGGGCAACUUUGGACCGGCAACCGUAUUCGGGGAGCUGGCAAUACUCUAUAACGCCCCCAGGCAGGCCACCAUUAAGGCUGCCACUGAUGCCCGAGUUUGGAAAAUAGCACGUGAGACCUUUCGAGCCAUCAUGCAAAUCUCGGGUUCCAGGGAACGCGAAGAAAACCUUCAGUUCCUCCGGUCGGUUCCAUUUCUGCAAGAGCUCGAGGAAAGCUUGCUCAACAAAGUUGUUGACCUCCUGCAAAGGAAAUUCUAUGAGACUGGCAGCUGCAUUGUACGUGAAGGCGAGGUGGGAAACGAGUUCUAUAUCAUUCGAGGCGGAACCGUUACCAUAAAAAAGGAGGACGAGUCAAAAGAGGAGCAAGUUGUGGCAAGGCGCAAGCGAGGCGACUACUUUGGCGAGCAGGCGCUUCUGAAUGCGGAUGUGCGGCAGGCCAGUGUCUAUGCAGAUGCACCAGGCACUGAGGUCCUAAAAUUGGAUAGAGAAGCGUUUAUAAGCUAUUUGGGAACUAUCAAGCAACUUCGUGACAAGCCUAGUCAGCGGACCGAGCCCCAUGGUCGCUCCAGUAACAAAAGCAUGGAGUUUGACAACGAGCAUGCCCAGAUAGCCAUCUCCGAACUGAAGAAGGUGGCCACCUUGGGUGCUGGUGCUUUUGGACGUGUGGAUCUGGUGGCCUAUGGCCAGCUAACGUUUGCCCUGAAAAUAAUCAAGAAGAUCGAGGUGGUCAAGCAGGAUCAGAUCGAGCACGUCUACAACGAGAAGAACGUGAUGAUCAAGUGCCGGCAUUCGCCGUUCAUAGUGCAACUCUACCGAACGUACCGGAACGACAAAUACGUCUACUUUCUAAUGGAGGCCUGCAUGGGCGGCGAUGUGUGGACAGUGAUGUCGAAGCGGCAGUACUUCGAUGAGAAGACCGCCAAGUUUAUAGCGGGCUGUGUCGUCGAAGCCUUCGACUUUCUGCACUCGCACAACUUUAUUUACAGGGACCUCAAGCCUGAGAACCUCAUGCUGGGCACAGACGGCUACUGCAAACUGGUGGACUUCGGGUUUGCCAAAUAUGUUCGUCCGAAUGAGAAGACAAACACCUUUGCCGGUACGCCGGAAUAUGUGGCACCCGAGAUUAUUCUGGACCGUGGGCACGAUCGCUCCGUCGACUACUGGGCGUUGGGCAUUCUAAUCUACGAACUGCUGGUUGGCAAAACGCCCUUUAGAGGCGUGAACCAAAUAAAGAUUUAUCAGCAAAUCCUCAGCGGCAUCGAUGUCAUACACAUGCCCACUCGAAUCCCCAAAUCCGCGCAGCACCUGGUGCGUCAUCUGUGCAAACAGCUGCCUGCCGAACGCUUGGGAUACCAGCGCAAGGGGAUUUCCGAUAUCAAGCGACACAGUUGGUUCGAGAGUCUGGAUUGGCAGCGACUGAAAGAUAAACAAUUGCCUUCCCCAAUAAAGCGACCCCUCAAAAGUUGGACCGACUUGCAAUACUUUGGGCCGUCCGGCGUGGAAAACGAUUAUGAGCCGCCGGAAGAGUUGAGCGGGUGGGACGUGGACUUUUAGUGGCUAGGAAUGUUAAAAGCGAACAUUGAAGUGUAAAGUAAAGGCUUAAAGUAUUAUAGGCGUUGCAUUUAUGUUUCUAGAACUUUAAAUUCCCGCUAAGUUAUAUAGGUAUUGUUUAAUUACGUGACGCUUCUUAAAUUUAAAUAAUAAAUGUAUCUGGAUAGAUUUUAUACACAUUUCACUUAAUGAAUAGACCUAAGAGUAGUUUACAUUAAUUUUGUAUAAACCGAGAUACAUCUUUUCCAUUUAAUUUCACCCACACGGUCGCUUCUGCUCGAAGUGCAGCAAUUCAGUCAUCAGCUCAUUUGUAUUCACGGAAUCAAUUAGAACAGCACACUUGUUUCCUUUGAUAUCGCCAGAACACGCCGACGAAUAAACAAACAAAUUCAAUUAAGAUGUUAUGCUACUCUUCUCUGGCCGGACGGAACUCCGGCCAGAGUUACAGUAAUACUAGUUUGUCCUUAACAACUGCAAAUUAGCAAAAGACCCUCAUAUCUGUUCUCCACUGGAAGACAGACAUUUUACCUAUGAAUGCAAUGUUAUUUGUUACUGUUUUCUCAAUUAAAUAAAUAAGCUUGGUUCUAAA